AGGGCCCCUUGGGUGUCUUGCAUCUGGCUGUUAAUAAUCUCCUAUGAACAUAGGUAUACUAGAAAGCAUCUCUACACUGCUAGUCAACAGUGGAAAGUCUGAAGAGAUGCAAGCAGGAAAAAGAAAUUAAACCAGAUACCAUCUGUCCAUCCUGGAGCUCAGCUAACGUGUCAGGCCCUGGCGACUGCGCCAGCACCCCGCUUUCCCUCUUGAAGCCCAAGCCCUGUGGCCGUGCCGUAGGCCUGCGGAGCGAUGCGCCAGGCAUGAUGGAGGUAGAGUCCUCCUACUCGGACUUCAUCUCCUGUGACCGGACAGGCCGUCGGAACGCGGUCCCCGACAUCCAGGGCGACUCAGAGGCUGUGAGCGUGAGGAAGCUGGCCGGAGACAUGAGCGAGCUGGCGCUCGGGGCAGAAGGACAGGCCGAGGCGAGCUCCGCAGACAAGGCGGCUGGUGGCCAGCCCGAGAGCAGCGACGGCACCACCUCGACCUGAGGCUGGAAGGAGAGACCUGCUAUCCCCUCCCAGGAAGGAGACCCCCUGGCACUGGUCCUGCAGCCUCUUCUCUGAGCCCCAUGUCCCAGGCAAGCCAGGCCAGACUGACAGGGCCCCCAGGCCUCUGUGGCCCCGCCCCGGGAAAGCCCUCAGCCCACACCCACUGGCUCUGUGUUCCCGCCACCAGCCACCACCUCACCGUGCCCAGCACGCUGAAGACACCGUAACCACAGGCUGUCACGUAUUCAGCUGGCGCCGGGACUCCGAGGCCAGGCCCUGCCCCCGGGGUGAGCACCCACACAGGGACGCUCCUGUCACGGGCAGCGUGCAGGGAUCAUGUCCCAACACUGACCCCUCCUCUCCAACCUCAGCCCUCUGGGUCAAGACCUUAUCCCUUUUCUAAAACACUGUUUAAAUUUGUAAAAAGUUGUAAACCUUUCUCAGCAGGGGGAGGGAGCUGACGAUCACUUCCCAUUUCUUUGGAAAGCUACUUAAGCUAAACUGCAGCCAUGGCGCCCUCGUGGGGCUUCACAGAUCCAUUUCUAGGCAAGGGAUUUGGGCUCCAAACCACCUGACCAACUCUGCCCUUUCUACCGAGAUGCCUCCUAGGACCCAGGAAAUAAAUGCUGACGAUUUGUGUGA